UACAUCCAUACCUGAUAUCCAUAAUCCUGGGCGAGUCACGUAAUCUCUAAUCACAAUCGCACAAAAUAACCGCAAGCCUUGAGAAAAAUGUGUACACCUCCCAGUACAAAGUGCACACAUCAAAAAACCUUGAUAGGAGCACUAGAAAAAAUAAAUAAGGAGAUCCCUCCAGAGUCAGCAGCGGAUUGUCAGACAAAGUUUUCCAAGGAGAGCCACGUUCACGUCUGUCUCAUCUGCCAUAAUCCAAUUCCCCUCUAUUGCCCGGAAAAGGAGCAUCGAUCACUCAUUCGAGUACAGCUUCUACGGAGCAGCGUGACAACGUUAUUGGCUAUGAGUACUUUGAUCACAACCAGAAAGUAAAUUCCCGAUAGGACUUUGCUUUUUGUCUGACCCCCAAAACAUAUUUGGGGGUUAAUACAAGAAUGGCAGCUUUCUCGUUGCUGCUAUCGCUAUCGUUAUGUUCCUUUUUUCCUCUCAUUCUUGCUUUACCAGGUAACAGCGUUUCGCCGUUGUUAGACUCUUCUAGCAAACUAAUCUUACCAAUACAGGCUGUUGCAGCUAGUGUAAGCCGAGUCUAUACCAACACAACACAGGGAAAGUUGAGCGGUCGGGAUAUGGUGCAAAUUGCUCUUCUGUGUAGUGUGUUUCCUGCUUUCUGGUAUCUGCGAAAUGGAAGGAAGAGCAAGGCUUACAAUGACACGAAAUCGCUCAAUGGAAGUGCACAUGGAACCAUUCCUAAACAGAGUAUAGAUAUCAAUGAUUCCGAAGUCGUCGAUCCAGGACUUUUAAAAAAACAUUCUGAGAUAAGAUCCUACGCCACGAGUCGUUUUACAUAUUCUUCAUUACGAGUUUUCUUCAGCAGACAUGCUCAAGCCGACAAGCUACCCACGAAACCUGCCCCACUACCUCUACUAGUUUUCAUCCAUGGUCUGGGGGGGUCAGUUGCGCAAUUCAACCCUCUUUUAACAAGCCUUGUGAAUUUGGCAUCAUGUCUUUCAAUCGACCUACCAGGCUGCGGCCUUUCUGCAUUCGACCCAAAAUUACCUUGGGAUGCUUAUACUGUAGACGCUCUUGCAGAGCUUAUGGGGAAAGUCAUUGAGGACUACAGGGAGAAGGAUACGAAGCAGGGUGUAGUUUUGAUUGGACACAGUUUGGGUUGCUCUAUAGCCGCCCUACUUGCGUCUACAACGUCGCCACAAUCAAUUGCACUAUCAGAGAACGUCAUGGGCCUUAUUGCAAUUUGCCCUCGGGCGGAACCCCCUAGUGAAGAUGAGGUUAGUAAGUUCAAGAAGCUACUUCUGGUCCCGAAUCCCAUUUUUGAUCUUUGGCGAAACUGGGAUCGCCGAGGUGGCCCUGAAAGUGCCAGUGUGCAUAGAUUUGUUGGCCCUUCAGCAGAUGACGAAACCAAAAGGCUGCAAGAACGAUUCAAUAGCCAGAGUAAAACUGCAGUAUGGAGGAGAAUGGCAGCUGGUACUUUGCCCGUUUAUGAAAACCACAUUGCGAAAGGUGGACUUGCGGGCGGAGAUAUCUGGAAGGGGCUGGAUAUGCCUGUCUUCCUUGUUGCUGGGGCAGCUGAUAAUAUCACAAAACCCGGGGAGAUUGAAAAGAUUGCCCAAUUUCUUGGAAAGUCUCACCCAGUCCAAAUUGAACCCAGCGACAAAAGUGAGCCUAUACUUGAUGCAGCUGCGCCUGUUGAUAUGUCUGGGAAGAGCAAAUCUAUAAGCAAUGGUAUCAAUCCCUCAACUGAAAACCUGCUUCUCGAAAAGAACCCCGAUACCACUGUGGAAUCGCUAGAAGACCCAUCGACACCGGAUGCUAUUGAAAGAACCGAAAACAUCCCUCCCCAACCUCUCAGACCGAAGAGGGUCCUAAAAAUGACAAUCAUUCCAGCCCCCGCUUCGCAUGCUUUGCUCUACAUGCCAACCACUGUGAGAACCCUUGCAGGUCUUAUAUCUGAUUUUCUUUGUACCCAAGUGUCACCUCGUUUAUCCUUGGGGUGGCAACUACAAUUUCUCUCUACUUCCGGCAAAUGGGAUGUAAAGAAUUUGGCAAAGUGGCAAGCAGUGGCACCUGUUUCAGAGCCUAUCGCGGGCGUAUUUCGUGCAAUGAAAACUUUGAGAGAGGUAGAUGAUAGUCAUUGUCCAGAGGUGUUUGUGAAAGAUUGGGGCGAGCAGAUCAAGGAUAUUGUCGAUAUUAGCCACGAAAGUCCGGUGUAUGAUCCACGAGGUCUCGAAAAUGGCGGAAUACGAUACCACAAAUUCCCGACAGUAUCUAAAAUUCCACCCACAUCCGACGAGGUUGUCACCUUCAUCAAUUUGAUUGAUCGGCUAAGAGAUGAGCAGGCGGCAAGAAAAGAAAAGGGAGGGGCUGAGGGUGAGUGGUUUGUGGGGGUACACUGCCACUAUGGCUUCAACAGAACCGGAUACUUCAUUGUAUGUUAUCUGGUCGAAAGGUGUGGGUAUGGAGUUCAAGGAGCUAUUGAUGAGUUCGCUAAAAGAAGACCGAAAGGCAUUAAACAUGCUCAUUUUAUGGAUCAGCUAUUUGUUAGGUACUGCGUGGGGUUGAAAAGAGCGCCCACACUCUAACGGCAUAAUUGUUAAUAAAGAGGCAUUGAUUUUGGGUGCAUCGAACCAGAUGCUGUAAGAUGGGAGCUAGGAAUCUUGGAAUGUAUUGAUAAGGCUGGGGAAUAGGAAUCGCAUCUCUUACUAUUGUAACCACCUAGUACUGGUUCGAUUCGAGGUUUCGCACAGUCAGAUGGACGGGCUUUCAUCACCCUAUAAUUAUUGUACGGGAGAAGUUCCCUACUUAUCAAACAGCAUACUUUUCUCUCCAAUUUGCACCCAAGCAGAUGGCAAAGGCGGAACGACAGGAAUUCUAGAUAUGCAACAGAGACACGAACUUUUGAUCCCUCAUGUGACAAAGCUACAAGUCAUCUGCGUGCAGGGCUAUUGUGCCACGAGGAUUAGGGGUCACGGACUAAUAUAUUGUAUGCAGUGUUAUGUUACACAGCUUCUGUGGAAACAACAUGACACGAUUACUUCAUCGUAUCUUUUCAGCUGGUGCAAUGAUGAGAGUGGGGGCUGAGGGCUGGGCUGAGGUUACAGUUGUGUUGCGCGAGGUUGAUGGAGGAUUCAUGUUUGAUGCGGGUGACGAUGCAGUUUCCGAGAGAGCCCCGUACCAAUGGUAGAUAUUAUUGGAGAAAAAGUGGAUGGAAGACUAGUUCGGAUGUUGAAAAAAUGCUUAGCAGGCAACGUCAAAAACGCGGGGGGGGGGGGGGUUAUCAUCUUAAGAGCCGAGU